AUGACUGACAGGUCCCGUGCCAUGUCAAGUAUGACUGACAGGUCCCGAGCCAUGCCAAGUAUGAUUGACAGGUUCCGUGUCAUGCCAAGUAUGACUGACAGGUCCCGUGUCAUGCCAAGUAUGACUGACAGGUCCCGUGCCAUGCCAAGUAUGACUGACAGGUCCCGAGCCAUGCCAAGUAUGACUGACAGGUCCCGUGUCAUGCCAAGUAUGGCUGACAGGUCCCGUGUCAUGUCAAGUAUGGCUGACAGGUCCCGUGCCAUGCCAAGUAUGACUGACAGGUCCCGUGCCAUGCCAAGUAUGACUGACAGGUCCCGUGCCAUGCCUAGUAUGACUGACAGGUCCCGUGCCAUGCCAAGUAUGACUGACAGGUCCCGUGCCAUGUCAAGUAUGACUGACAGGUCCCGUGUCAUGCCAAGUAUGACUGACAGGUCCCGUGUCAUGCCAAGUAUGACUGACAGGUCCCGUGCCAUGUCAAGUAUGACUGACAGGUCCCGUGUCAUGCCAAGUAUGACUGACAGGUCCCGUGUCAUGCCAAGUAUGGCUGACAGGUCCCGUGCCAUGCCAAGUAUGACUGACAGGUCCCGUGCCAUGCCAAGUAUGGCUGACAGGUCCCGUGCCAUGCCAAGUAUGACUGACAGGUCCCGUGCCAUGCCUAGUAUGGCUGACAGGUUCCGUGCCAUGCCUAGUAUGGCUGACAGGUCCCGUGCCAUGCCAAGUAUGACUGACAGGUCCCGUGCCAUGCCUAGUAUGGCUGACAGGUCCCGUGCCAUGCCAAGUAUGAUUGACAGGUUCCGUGCCAUGCCAAGUAUGACUGACAGGUCCCGUGCCAUGCCUAGUAUGGCUGACAGGUCCCGUGCCAUGCCUAGUAUGGCUGACAGGUCCCGUGCCAUGCCAAGUAUGAUUGACAGGUUCCGUGCCAUGCCAAGUAUGACUGACAGGUCCCGUGCCAUGCCUAGUAUGGCUGACAGGUCCCGUGCCAAGCCUAGUAUGGCUGACAGGUCCCGUGCCAUGCCAAGUAUGGCUGACAGGUCCCGAGCCAUGCCAAGUAUGGCUGACAGGUCCCGUGCCAUGCCUAGUAUGGCUGACAGGUCCCGUGCCAUGCCUAGUAUGGCUGACAGGUCCCGUGCCAUGCCAAGUAUGGCUGACAGGUUCCGUGCCAUGCCAAGUAUGGCUGACAGGUCCCGAGCCAAUUAA